CUUCGUCUUCGUCUCCUCAGGGCCUCCUUGAAGUAGCAGCCGCACGGUCGCGACUUACGACCUUCUCAGCAGCAGUCAUGGUUAGCAUCAGGCGAAGAAGAUAUUUAGGGAUCUGUUCUGGAAAAGGUUCCUCGCCUGUGGUAGUUCCUAAACACAUUGAGAUACCGACUGCUGAUGAAAAUUCCAGUCAACAUGUUAAGACAAUGGCUGUACAUUCGGUGCCUUCAGUGGAGACAAGUCUUCAAAAUCUGGUAAGCAAGUCUGAAAUAUAUACUCGAUCCAUGGAUGAAUCUUCCAUGAUUAUGUCAAAAGAAGAGCCAAAUCCAUAUUACCCAGGUAAAGAUAUAAAACAUGGAAAGCGACAUAGGAGGAAACACAAUGACAAUCAGGAACCGUGCAUGAUGAGGGGGGUUUAUUUCAAAAAUAUGAAAUGGCAGGCAGCAAUAAAGGUCGAUAAGAAACAAAUACACUUGGGGACUGUUGGAUCUCAAGAAGAAGCUGCCCGACUAUACGACAGAGCAGCCUUUAUGUGUGGGAGAGAACCCAAUUUUGAGCUGUUGGCAGAGGAGAAACAAGAACUGAGGCAAUACAACUGGGAAGAGUUCUUGACAAUGACGCGCAGUGCGAUCAAUAACAAGAAGAACCAGAGGAGGCUUAGUCCAGGAAAGCGAAAGAAGCCGUCAGAGGCUCAGAUUUCCAGCAGCAGCAACUGGGAACAGGAAGGAGGCAGUCACGAUUCAUCAAUGUCGGACGAUAAUGAAGAUAUUGAUGCCAAUGUAUCUGUCUUGUGACCCUAGAGAAGCAUGGAGUUUAGGGUAUACGGCUCUCAUACAUUUAUUUAUUGAGGCUAAUUUAGACAUGUGCAUAGUUCCAUCAUCUCUUAGAUUUGUCUCUGAUUAAUUUGAUCCAUGUAAAGUCCUAAAUAAGUAGGGCGAGUUAGAAUUGGAUAAAAAGGCUCUUACUCGUGCUUUCCUCAUUCACUUAGCGUUUUCAAGUUGCAGCAUAAAUAUUCUUCUUGAUUGCUGUCCAAUGUUACUCUUCUGGGAUGUUUAAGACUAUCGUAAUACUCUCUCUUUCCAUUCUUUGAAAAA